GGGCUGGGCGCGACACCAACUCUUGGACCAAUCCUGCCUGUGUCACUCUCAAGAAAGUGAAAGAAUACCUCGCGAGAAAGUUCGAGAUGCUGAGAUGCUAUUUCCCACUUUCUCCAACUGCAUGCAUUUUCGCUCGUCCUUUGGCCUGAAAGCCUCAUUCCAGUUCUAGCAGUGUGGCACCACAGCACCCUCACGUCCCCGUCGUUGGUGCCGGGCAACGCCGUUUCGGCGGCUGAGAAGGGUGCCUCUACUGUACGAAACUUAACUCUUGUUUCUCUUGUUCCAGGCUCCUAUUUCGCUGACAAACUGGACACCUUCCAAGACUACGGGGACUCAAUGAACCAGCUGACUGAAAUGUGUGAUCUUCGCCGGGACCCUUUGACCAAUCCAGGAGUUUCUGCAAGGGUGCGAUUGCCGUCACGCAUUGAUGACAGAAUACAGGAAAUAAACGACACUCGUGGAGACAUGAUGACUAAAGUGUUCAAGUGCACGGUUUGUGACAAGGUCUUCUCCCAUCGUGGCCAUGCCAAUACACACAUUCGGAUUCACACAGGGGAAAAGCCUUUUGAGUGCCCAGUGUGCCAUAAACGAUUUAACCAGAAAGCGCAUGUCAGUUCCCACUUAAGAAUCCACAUCCGAGGGAAGUGAUGAGGCAGUGCACCAUAGCUUAGUGCCCAUGUCGAAGAAUUGGAAUGUUCAAGUGCCGAAUUUGUGUGUCAAAUUAUGUGUUCAUCAUUCUUUCUUGAAUUUUCUGUUGCUGUUUCAAUGAGCCUGUGCCUUUCACCAUCUGUCUUAUUUGUGUACCUUUUGUCUAACUUUAGAACCAGAGAUGUGCAAGUACAAAUUUUGAAUUAUUAUUUUAUUAACGAAUCUUAGCAAUCAAAUGCAAUAAGUGAAAUUAAUAUUUGUUAGUAAAGUGAAAUGUAUUAUCUCCUCAAAAUAUACUUAUGUUAUGUCCUAAAUUUUAGUUAGAUCUCUGGAACUAAUAGCUGAGUCUGAAAUACAAAUUUUUAUCUCAAAAUGUUUUAUCAUUAGUUUAACUGAGUUGUUCUUAGUGUCUUUGAAUUAUCUCGCUUGUUGUAACUGUUUGUUGUUUUUGAAAUUGUACACCCAGGAAAUGAAUAAAUGUAAUGGCCCCAGACCACCAGGGUUCCUAACCUUUUGAAGGAAAAUGUGUAUGGUGCUUUCUGGGCUGUACAUUCACUCAUUAUCAUUGGGCAGCAGUCGUAGUUUGAAAUGUAGUACCUUAUUUUAUUUCAAUGGUAUGCGCAGAGUUAUGGGGUGUAUUCGUAGUUAAAUCGCUUGGAGCACACGCGAUCUUCCACAUUACCCUGAAUCCACCUUUUUAUCUCUCCUGUUCUAUUCCCAGGUUCCCUGAACUUGGACUCCUCCGACUCCAGUAGCGUGUCCCCCAGCGAGCUCCACAGUGGACCUCGUGAUUCGAUCAGCGCUGAAGCUCCUCCUGGGGGCAGAGAAAAAGUGAAAACCCAAUGUGCUAAGUGCUCCAAGUGCGGCAAAAACAAGGCUAUGAAGUGCCCUGUUUGCAACGAAAGAUUUGAAGACUUGAAUUAUUUGAAACUACACGCCAAACUUCACAUAUUAUAAGCAGGACUGCAAUUGUCUUUUUGUUGAAUGUCACUUUAAAUUCUUUUUAUGUUAAGCCUUUUUCAUUUUAAAAAUAUCACUUCAAAAUUAAUUCCUAGUAGACCUAGACAUCUGAUCUCUGUAAAUGGAUUGUUUGGUCAUGUUCAAGUUCCAAUGUAUUUUAAAUGCUUUCCGUAUUAGGUUAUACCUUCUCUGAAUCAGUUUUGAUGUCUAUUUAAAAUUAAAAGAAUGACUGUAACUGUGCUUCUCUUGUUUUCAGCUUGUUCAUCAAAUGGGACUGGUGCUGCUUGCGUUGCCUGUUGCUUGUUGCUCACUUUUGUCUUGUCUUUGCACAGGCUUGGCCGUCGAUCCGCUUGGGGUGGAGCCUGGCGCCGUGCUCGCUAACCAGUGCCUCAGGUGCCUGAGGAUGUUCACCACCAAGAAGAACCUGGACCGCCACCUGUGCCAGCGCACCUUGCCCCGCCCCUUCCAGUGCCCACAAUGCUCGUGGAGUUUCAUGGAGAAGUCCAAGUUGGUGCUGCACAUUCGCACUCACACUGGCGAAAAGCCCUACGAGUGCCCUACGUGCUUCGCCAAGUUCUCCCGCAAAGACAGUAUGGACAGGCACAUUCAGAAGACUCAUAAAUGAUGACAUCCCAGAAUUUGAAAUAAAGAAAUCUGAAUUAGAAAAUGUUUAAAUUUUAGUCAAGAAUUCAACCUUUAUGUUUUUGCAUGUCUCUUGGGACCCUUUGUGUUGCAUGAUAUCUGAAAAGUUGUAAGGGAGUAAAUGGGGUAAAUGGUAAUUGGGUAAAUGCACCAGUCGUUUUUUAGUCAUCCAGAGUCUUAAAUACUCUGGUUUAUGUGCUGUUGUGUCCUAUGUUUUAUGUAUGCCAUUCUGUUCACAGGCUCUUUGAAAACAGAGGAGGGGAACAGCGACACUGACUCCGUGGUUCGACUUCCAGAGGAUAUGUUGGCUGCCGCAUCUUCCAGCGACUCUUCCUUCAAGUUCAAUCUGGAUGAUGACGAUCUAGAAGCAAACACAGUUCAUGAAGAAGCAAAUGUCUGGGAUGCUGUUAGGAUCGAAGCAAAUCAGAGACAUUCUGACAGCCAAGAAACGGAUGACAGUGAUGCCAUUAGUCAAGAAGAAAACGACAGAGAAACAGCCAGUCAAGAAACAAAUGACCUGGAUAUGAUUAUAGAAGAAGCGAGUGGCAGAGAUAGCGUCAGCCAAGAAAACGAUCCUGGCUUUGCUAAUGAUUCAAGUGACUCCUAUGAAACUGAACACGAUGCAACUGUGUACCAACCUCCUGCUUCAAGUGCAAUGGCCAAAAGAGCAAACCUCAAAAAGAGAAAUGUUAAAAAGACAAAGGCCAGGAAGUCAACUAUCCUAAAGAGAAGAGCUAAGAGGACAGUGAGGGCACCGUCUGCUGCGAUUUUGCGCUCGAGUACCUCUAAUCAAAACAUUCCGCGCAAGCAGAAGAAUGCUGUAAAUUUGUCUGGAUCGGAAAACUCACCAACUAAAACGUUGAAGAAGUGCCCCAAGUGUGGUCAGUUAGUUUACAAUGUGAAGCGUCAUCUUUUGCUGAAGCAUGGGCAGAAGCCACCUAGUUCAGAACAGGUGCUGUCACAACAGUAUCCUGAGGAACCUGACAAAACCUCUCAUUUGUGCAAAAAGGUCUCGUGUCACUUGUGCCUUGAGCUGUUCAAGCAGGCCGAUCUUAAACUGCAUCUGCUAACUCAUUAUGGUCUUCCGUGUGCUGUAUGUUUCAAAGUGUUCCCUGAAAAGAAGCUGCUGGACGAUCACCGUUGUGUGCGCACAAAAGCUAGUGCCUAGCACCAGUUUUCUCCUUUAUGUACAUAAUUAAAUCCAAUUUUUUUUUGUCUGUUUUGAGCAAACUGAAUCUUGUUAUAACUGUUCAGUACUGCCUUUGUGAUUACUACAAUGUGAUCUUAAUAUUUUAUUAGCAUGACUGUUGUGCUCACAAAUGAGACACUUGCUUUUAUGUCAAACCUCAGAGGAUUUUGCUUUUUAUUUUGGUUUAGUUCAUGAACAAAAAUGUAUGUCACUAAUUAUUUUUUGUUUGUGUUUGCAAUCAUUUUAACUAUUUGUGUGAGGGAACUAACCUUUUGACAAAUGUGUUUGUGGCUAGUUAUUUUUUUUUUCUGUUUGGGUUGUCAAUAAUUUAAUUUAUUUGUGCUGGGAGGUACUUUCUGUUAGGAUUUUGGGUGACAAAUUUGUGUUCUUACAAAUGUCUGUGAAAAUCUGGUUUGUGUUUGGCUUUAGUAAAUAGUCUUCAUAAGUACCACUCGUUUUCUGUAGUUUGCUUUUUUAUCUAUAAACAAAUGUUCCUCCUCAAAUUAACCGGGGAUUCAAAUAACCUGACAGCAAAGCCACCAUUCCAGUUCUGCUAUUCUGUUUCAGCUUCUCAUACUUUCUGUUCUGUGUCCUAUAGGUUGUGCCGACCACGACGACACGGACUGGAACGACCCAGAUUGGGAAGCUGUAGAAGGUGUUGAAGUUGCUGGCGGCUCCCCAGCGUACAAGGUCCUCAAGUACGACAACUCAGAUGAGGAAGACUCAAGUUGGAGCGGGGCAGAUAGCCGAGCAGAUCCAGACUACAGCUGUGUGCUGCCCCAGGACGACAGAGAGGGUGCAAGUGGCUCCAGCACUGGCUCGGAGCCACAGAAGUUACAGUGCCCCACGUGCGGGGAGAAGUACCGCUCGGUUCGCUGCUGGGUCGGCCACAGCGCUGUCUGUGGGAAGGCCGGUGGCAAGGCCACUGGCAAGGCCUCGGUGGCAGAGGAGGGCAAGGAGACCCUCUUGAAAGCCAACCGACCACCCCACGGGCGCUCCACAGCGCAUCGCCUGAAAAUUAAGUCCAGCAAAACAGCCAAGCCGCUGAAAACAAGGAAGCUAUUCAAGAAAAUUGGACCAGUUAAUACGACACACUAUAUGCGACGGAUUUGUGACAGCCAAAAAAAGUGCCACAUCUGCUUGGAAGUGGUUGGGAGCAUGGAGCAGCUGGAGGUGCACGUCCUGGCGCACUACGGGUACCCCUGUGCCCGAUGCAACACCGUCUACCCAGACUUUGAACAGCUCCAGAACAUUGCCAAGUACAAGAAGCACGUGUGUCCUGCUGACCCUGAACCUGAAACAAACUGACAUUCUUGCCGACUUGUUGUUUUGUGUCAAAUUCGAUCAUCUAAUGAGGAUUCAUUGUAAAUAUGUUAAUUAGUUCAUUGACAAUUGUAUUGUUUAUGUCUUUGUUUCUACUAAAUUGUUGUAUUUUGUAUAAUGGUUGCAAUCGGUUCUAUUCUUUCUAAGUGUUGGAUAUAAUGUUUUAUGAAAUUGUUUUAUUAUCUUUCAAUUGGUGCAAAUAGAACUUACCUAUUUGGAUCAUAGCGUCGGUGGCUGGGAACCUUUUAGACUUCUAUCAUGUAAUGAGCUGUCAGAAAUUGGAUCUGACUUCUCUUUUCUUCUUUCAACCAAUGCUGUAAUUUAAAGUUGCCUUUUCAGUGCAUUUUUUUUUUUUGUAUUAUUAUUGGGAAAUAGACUAUGCUUUGGUAGUUUUUUUUUUUUUGCUUUUUUUAAAAUGGCCACAAUGUUUACCUUUGGCGUGGCGCUGGCGCGCUUUGGCGGCAAGCACACCGCGGUGCCGCCUGGCCGUCCCUGCGCCUCACACUUCGUUGUCUCGCAGGUCCAACGGGCUGCCCUGACGCGUCCGACUCCGAGGACCCCCUGUGGCUGAGCGAGCAGGACGACCUCUCUGGCGUGUUGUCCAACGUGGAGGUGAAGAUGGAGGUGGACGGCGACGGCCGCUUCUCGUGGAGUCCCGACGACGCGCCCGUGCAGGGGACGUCGUCCGGGACGUCGUCCUACGCGCCAGGACGCCGCCACACCCUCGGCCUCGACGGCGGCCUCGACGAGGAGGAGGAGGCGACGCGGGCCGCGGCGCUGAUGCACACGUGGCCGAAGAGAGUGCGACGCCAGGAGGAGCUCAGGGACGUGUUUCCCCCCUCCAGCCACGCCUGGCCCUACGCCUGCCACAUCUGCGGCAGCGGCUUCCUCAAGAAGGAGGACCGCGCGCACCACCUGCUCAUCCACGAGUCCCUCAGGCGCUCCUAGCCGCCCCGCCCCCGUGUCGCACACCUUCGGUCCCACCCAUUUUCAUGUGUCUCUCUUCGCUGAAUUUUAAAUUGCUGCUCUUCGCUGAGUUUCCUCGAUCGAUCGCCCUAUUCGUCAGUGCUGCCGCUUGUACAUACAUGCCUAUGCCUGUAUCAGAAACGCAUUAAUAAAUAUUUACCAACAUA